AUGGCGCCCCUGUCCGGCGUCGACCCUCACUCAGCCCCUCUCGCUGACUUUUUCUGGAUUGCUGGCGUCGACGGAUCGGAGAUAUACGACAUAUUCCUGAAGCAGGGCGAGGACUACAACAACUCUCGCGCCCAGGCGAUCCCCAGGACGGAUACAAUUGAAGAAGAUGCGGAUGCAGAGGAGGAAGAGCAUGCCCUGGCGGCAGACUCGUCUCAGCCGCCGUCGAAUCGAAACUCGUACCAGCACCUAUCGUUUAAACCCACAGACGACAGGAGGCUCUCUUAUCAAUCGUUAUUGGUGGACUUCAGCGAUUCGAACAACACGCCCCAGAGUAAUCGAAGCAGCUUGACCAUCAAGGGCUCUUCCAACGGGCCUUCGUUCCUAAACGACGCCGAUUUUGAUAAAGCUUUAUUGAAGUUUGCGGCGGAGCGCGAUUCCUUUCUCAGCGAUCUCAGUCUUACCGCCGGCGCCGUCGUCCCCAAGCCGACGAGACCUCGACCGAAAACACAGAAGAUUGUGGCGGAGGAUAUCAGCCCCAACCCUCUAAAAUCGGGAAUUGGUAGCGUGCGAAGGCAUAUGUCAUUCCGCGACAUGAGCAGCAUGAAAAGACAACCGUCUCUAGCUCGUCAAUCAUCUAUACGAACGUCAAGGCGACUGAGCAACUACAAUUCGGUAAUACCAACCCCCCAACCCCUCGAAAUAUCACCGAAUAUGCAUCCUCUCAAACGCCGAUUCGAACCGGUCCUCCUUGAUAGAUACCCGCCAAAAGGUGCACCCGAUGAAGGCCACCGAAGAGGGAAGUUUCCUGACUACGUGCCAAUGUUCGCAUUUCCAAACGAUAUCAAUAUCGUCUCUUCAGAUCAACGACCCCGUUCUACGUGGCAUGGUUUUGCAAUGACUGGUGGUGACGGGUCCAAACUCUACGGCGUUUGCAUUAUCAUCUGGAUUCCACUUAGCAAUAAAGCAGCUGACGAGUUGGAGAAGCGAUGCGAGGAAUGGAGACGGGAUAAUAUGACGGAGGAAGAACGGGAGCUUGCAGCCAGCCUAGGCGAAAGGUUAGGAUUAGAGCGAGCGAAACUAUCGAGACUACUUGCCCAGCUUCCAACCGUGCCUUCAGGCUCUGCAGCGAGAGAUGAGCUAGAAGAUGAAAUCAGUGCUGUGGAGGAGAAGAUUGGACUAAUGGCCGAUUUACUACGCCCAGUACGCCAUGGUGCCGCCUCUAAAAUAGAUGGCCUAACUGAUGGCGAUACCGGCUUCUGGAUUCCCCGUGCCUACGGAAUCCUUGGCCGAGAUGCGUCAAUGACAACCUUUUGGAAAGAAUGGUUGAAAUCCAUUGCAGUUCCCAUGAUGGACGGCGCCGUUGUGAGGGUUCCUCCAACCUCACCCAGGGUAGGGAGAUGGCAGCCUCUGGAGAGGUAUGUCGUCAACUUGUGCGUGGAAGCGUUCAGCCCGCUCUCCUCCAAAACCCAGGUGGAAAUUGCCGUUCGAGAAUUGCGUCUGUUUGCUCGCAAAGAGGCUGACAAUGAACUACCAAGCUCACGAAAUUAUCUACUUGCCGAAUCACGAAUUAUUCUCCUCUCAUCCCAUACAGCUAUGCUGAACCUCGUCAGCAGAGCAAUCACGGAGCUUCUUUUCCCUUUUCAAUGGACUGGAGUUUUUAUCCCUAUCCUCCCUGCGCGUCUCCUCCAGGCCCUCGAAGCGCCGUGCCCCUACGUCGUGGGUGUUGAGCGUAGAUAUGAAAACCUGGAACUUCCGUCUGACGACUUUGUGCUGGUGGACCUGGACCAGGACGUUAUUGAAAGUACUCAGAGGCCCACGCCUCUACCUCGCCACCAACGCCGGAAGUUACAGUCUCUACUUCAGCUUGCAGCGCCGCUCUAUCGAUUCGGCGUGCGUCCUGGGCCGCCCGCUUAUGUCAUUGAGACGUACCCUUUCGAUGCGGCUCCCGCUGAAAUCGCAUCAAUCUACACCCCGAAGGCACCCUCGACUCAACUUGCAAAGAAUGUCAAUAUGAAUUCCGGCUCCUUUGGUCAGGAUCCUUAUGUCAACCCUCCGCCUCCCAUUUUCAAUGUCUUCCUUAACGCUCGAAAUGAUGUGUCGUUCGCGAGAAACCAGGAUCGACCGACUACGAGCUCCGCCUCGAAAGCGAGUACGCCUCCCUCCCCUAAAACUUCUCCCACUUCAAGUAAAUUCCCUCCUUUGCCUUCCACUCCGGUUUCAAGAAACGAUUCUGGCAUUGCUCUUCAAGCGUCGCUGCGUGAGAAACGGUCCGGCCAUUUUGACGCGGCGUCCCGCAGAAGCUCAUCGAUGGCGGUUGACCGACGACCUGGGAUUCCGCGGAGGCCAAGCGUUCCGUUCUUGGGUCACUCCUAUAAUUUGUCGGUGACCACUUUGCACACGGACACAAGCCCCUCGGUCUAUGCACCGUCCGUCUACGCUCAGUCCACAAUUGCCGCCUCGACCAUCAUGCCACAUGCAUUCCAGCAGCCUCUACGAAACCCGGUGGGCAGUACGCUAGUAGAAGGCCAUUGUUUACAGCUACAACAGAUGGAUGACAAGUGCAUUUGCUCAAUAUGCGAUGAAAAAGCCGAAGAUGCAAUGUACAGAUGCUCUGGCUGUAAAUUGAUUGUCCACGGCCGUUGUGCGUCGCAUAUAUGUUUGGUGUGCCCGGUAGCUUUCCACCCAGAUCAGAUCCGAGCAGCAUUUGUUCGAUGCUUCGCAAGCCUACUCUAUACCUACAAGAAGUUCAUGCGCCCUGCGACGGGAGAUAAAAAGAAAGCGGGAAUGACGUAUAGUUUUCAGAUGGAUGCGUUCCUCAAGAGCCUUCCACAUGAGCAUGCUGAGUAUAUGUCUGUGCUCCAACAGACCCAAGGUUUCAAUGAGUUUAUCGCAGAGCGCGAAAGUGUUGACCCCAGGGCGAAAAACCCGAAAAUCAUCCUAUUCGACGAAAUCAUCCUUUCCAAACGAAAUCGCGGUAGGUCAUCCAUAUUUUCCGGCAGGAUGACCACCGACUUCUUGACGGAUACUUCAAAUCACCUUUGGCGGUCGGCAAGUGCUUCGUCUUUUCCUCCGAGCAGCCGGCGAGAGAUGUCGGUCUCUGGAGACUGGAAGAGCGUUGUCACCAGAGCGCCUGCCAAACUCGACCCGAAUUACAUGAAAGAACCCCGGAUGAUUCAAGGCGUGCCCAGGAUACCAAAAACUGCCAACAACUCCAAAAGAAAGCCCGUUUCUCGAAUGGCCAACGGACAAUAA